CUUUCCGUCCCCCCCCCACCCCGAACUCCUGCCAGCCCAGAUGCCUUCAAGCCUCCUCUCGCCUCGCCUCAGUUGGUGAAGAAUCUCAUACCGCUUGGGAAAAGGGACAUGUUGCAUUGAAAGACCCCCAUUGGGAGGGGUGGUGUUUUGUUUUUGGCGGGGGGGGCGUCUCCGGGGGGGGGGGAUCGUCUUGAAGUGGAAUGGGAACCGCUGGCGCUCUGAGGAGCAUCACCUAACCCAGAUCGUCUACCCGCGAAAUGCGCUCUCCAGAUGCCCAGCGAUGGAUCUCGCCGCCGGCUGCUCUCCUCCGGAGGAGAAGGAAGGGCUAAAGUAGCCGGGACCUGAUCCUCCUCUCUCCCCGCCGCCCACACUGCCCUCCUCCCCAUCGCCCCGCGAGCUGGCCAUGUCUCGCUCCAAAGCCCCCCUCUCCAGGAAGAAAAGGAAAACUCUUUCCUUCCUGCCCGGCUGGAGUUUUUUUGGGAUCCACGGGGUUGCUCUCCGUGCGCGCUUGGAAAGAUGCAGCCGCUCCCGCUGCUGCUGCUGCUCCUGCCGCUGCUCCCGGCCCGGGAGGAAGAGCCGGAGGUUUCGCAAGCUUCGUUGACCUUGCCAAUUUCACGCCUGGCCUUCGGCUCGGACCACCACCAGCCUCGUCAAUUUCAGGUGGGAUAACCGCCCACAGCAGCACCUUGGCUGGGUUCGCCCUGGCCGUCUCUCUGCCUUCCUGGCGUGUUUUUAAAAAUUCCCCACGCUUCUUCCUCCUUGUUGCACGGAUGGCUGCUGCUGAUAGGAGCCUGCUUCGGGGAUUACAGCGAACCAGCGCUCUCCUCCAGCCCUCCCCUCCGCCUCUGUGCAGAUAUCAUUAGGUGCCUGUGUGGGAACCGCAAACUCUUCCUCUCGCCUCUCCCUUCCCCUUGUCCCAGUUACUGCUGGCUCCUCUCUGAAGGUGCAUGUUGGUCUUGUACCUAGAACCGAUCUUCUCUUGCAAAGAAUAAUACCGUAUAUCUCACUAUAUAGGAGUGCACAGCCUUUCUCUCCAAGGAGCUGAGCUCAGUGGUCGACCCCACGCCUGGAAUUCAGAAGGUCGUCUUUAGUUCAAUCCUGGGCGUCUCUUGUUUAAAGGAUCUCAGGGGAGCAGGGCUGGGAGAGACCUCUGUGACCCCUUGGAGAACCGACACCCUCUGGAGGAGACAAGACUGGGCUAGAUGGACCAAUGCUCUGGACUCAUCACAAGGCAGCUGCUGCAUAUGCCCAACUCCAACUCCUACUUUCUCCAAGUAGGAUGGGUGCCAUCAGGCAGCCCUUAUUUGGGAAGAUUCCUUCUCUGAAUUUGAGGAGCGCAUUGUGCGUAUUUGUUGCCCCCUUGCCCCUUCUAGUCUUUGGACUCAGUGUUGCCAAACAGCGACCCACAGGCAUGGGGCUUUGAUUGCGCAUAACUGGACUUCCAGCCACUCAUCCACAACAGGCCCCUCGAUUCUCCACCCCUUCCCCCUGCUGUAAUUCCUGGGGGUGGGUGGGGAUGCAAUUCAGAGAGCCAGCCACCCACCCAUAUAAAGGAAUAGCCGGUGCCAACGGAGGCAUGGGGAGACAGUGUGCUUCUGCAAUAACUGACUGACCCUUGAUCCCCCCCUCCCUCUUCAGCAAGGGGGAAAGGGGGCAGCGGCUGCCUUUCAAUGUGAGACCCCCUCCCCCAUCUGCCCCGACCUGCGCCAUGGAGCUGUCCGAGGUACGCUGCUUGAGCGACAGCGACGAAUUGUACACCAUCAACCAGACGCCCCCUAGUGGCAGCGCACGCUCCCAGCGCCUGCUGUGGCAGACCGCUGUGCGCCACAUCACGGAGCAGCGCUUCAUCCAGGAGCACAGCAGUGGCAAAACCCUGAGCUCGGAGGAGUCCUGCUGCUCCAACCACUCCCACCACCCCCGGCACCAGCUAGUGGGCAAGAGCCUCGGCGGCCACAACAACGGGGGCACCAAAGUCUUCCCAGAGCGCACCAGCAGCACUGGCGAUUUGGGCUUCCCGCACCUGGAUUGUGCUCCCAGCAACUCGGACUUCUUCCUCAAUUGGGGCUACACGUACCGGGGGGUGAUCUUCCCCACCCUGCGCAACUCCUUCAAGUCCCGGGACUUGGAGCGCCUCUACCAGCGCUACUUCCUGGGCCAGAGGCGCAAGUCGGAGGUGGUGGUGAACAUCCUGGAUGUGCUCACCAAGCUCACCCUCCUGCUGCUCCACCUCACCUUGGCUGCCGCCCCCAUGGACCCCAUCAAGGGCAUCCUGCUGGGCUUCUUCACAGGCAUUGAGGUGGUCAUCUGUGCCUUAGUGGUGGUCAGGAAGGACACAACCUCUUACACCUACCUGCAGUACAGUGGGGUGGUGACUUGGGUGGCCAUGGCCACUCAGAUCCUCGCUGCUGGCCUAGGUUGUGGUCUUCUCGGAGAUGGCAUAGGCUACGUGCUCUUCACCCUCUUCGCCACCUACAGCAUGCUGCCUCUGCCCCUCACCUGGGCCAUCCUCGCUGGCUUAGUCACCUCCCUCUUGCAACUUACCAUGCAGGUGGUCAUCCCCAGGCAGGCUGUGACCUCCAUCAACCAGACAGCAGCUCAAGCGGUUUUAUUUAUGUGCAUGAACACCGCUGGAAUCUUCAUUAGCUACCUAUCAGACCGAGCCCAGCGCCAAGCCUUCUUAGAGACCCGAAGAUGUGUAGAAGCCAGGUUGAGACUGGAAACCGAAAACCAGAGACAGGAGCGGCUGGUUCUGUCAGUGUUACCUCGAUUUGUAGUGCUUGAAAUGAUUAACGACAUGACCAACGUGGAGGACGAACACUUACAGCAUCAAUUCCACAAGAUCUAUAUUCACCGCUAUGAAAAUGUCAGCAUUCUUUUCGCAGAUGUGAAAGGGUUCACAAAUCUCUCCACAACACUAUCAGCCCAGGAGCUGGUCCGGAUGCUGAAUGAACUCUUCGCCAGAUUUGAUCGCCUAGCACAUGAACAUCACUGCCUUAGAAUUAAGAUCCUGGGGGAUUGCUACUACUGUGUCUCUGGACUCCCGGAACCUCGCCAAGACCAUGCUCAUUGUUGUGUGGAAAUGGGACUCAGCAUGAUCAAAACAAUCAGAUAUGUCAGGUCUAGGACGAAGCAUGAUGUUGACAUGAGGAUUGGAAUACACUCUGGGUCUGUGCUGUGUGGUGUUUUGGGCUUACGGAAAUGGCAGUUUGACGUCUGGUCCUGGGAUGUAGAUAUUGCAAACAAACUCGAGUCAGGUGGAAUCCCGGGGAGAAUCCACAUAUCCAAGGCUACCCUGGAUUGCCUCAAUGGGGAUUAUAAAGUUGAAGAAGGGCACGGCAAAGAACGCAACGAAUUCUUGAGAAAGCACAACAUUGAGACAUACUUGAUCAAACAGCCCGAGGAAAGUCUGUUGACUCUGCCUGAAGACAUUGUCAAAGAGUCAGUCACUUCUUCAGACAGGAGAAACAGUGGUGCAACAUUCACGGAAGGGUCUUGGAGCCCUGAACUUCCCUUUGAUAACAUUGUUGGAAAGCAGCAUACUCUGGCUGCUCUAACAAGAAAUUCAAUAAAUCUGCUUCCAAACCAUCUUGCACAAGCUUUGCAUGUCCAGUCUGGGCCUGAGGAAAUUAACAAGCGAAUAGAGCACACCAUCGACUUGCGGAGUGGCGAUAAAUUGAGAAGAGAGCAUAUCAAGCCUUUCUCCCUGAUGUUUAAAGACUCCAGCCUGGAGCAUAAGUAUUCCCAGAUGAGAGAUGAAGUGUUCAAAUCAAACUUGGUGUGUGCUUUUAUGGUCCUCGUAUUUAUCACUGCAAUCCAAAGUUUGCUUCCUUCCUCAAGGAUGAUACCAAUGGUCAUUCAGUUUUCAAUUCUGAUCAUGCUGCACUCGGCUCUCGUGUUAAUCACCACUGCAGAGGAUUAUAAAUGUUUACCCCUUGUGCUCCGGAAAACUUGCUGUUGGAUUAAUGAGACCUACUUGGCCCGAAAUGUCAUCAUCUUUGCUUCAAUUAUGAUUAAUUUCCUGGGAGCCAUCAUCAAUAUUCUGUGGUGUGAUUUUGACAAACCAAUGCCUUUUAAGAAUCAGACAUUCAAUUCUUCUGUCUCUUUUACGGACAUUUGCUCCUACCCAGAGUAUUUUGUCUUCACCGGGAUCUUGGCAAUGGUGACCUGCGCUGUGUUUCUCCGUCUCAACUCUGUCCUUAAGCUGGCAGUGCUUCUCAUUAUGAUUGCCAUCUACUGCCUCCUGACUGAGACCAUUUAUGCUUCCCUGUUUCUACGAUAUGAUGACAUCAAUCAUAGUGGAGAUACAGACUUCCUGGGAACUAAGGAGGCCUCCUUGCUUCUCAUGGCCAUGUUUCUGCUAGCUGUAUUUUAUCACGGCCAACAGCUUGAAUACACGGCAAGGCUAGACUUCCUGUGGCGUGGCCAGGCCAAAGAAGAAAUCAAUGAAAUGAAGGAGUUAAGAGAGCACAAUGAAAAUAUGCUACGCAAUAUCCUCCCAAGUCAUGUUGCCCGUCACUUUUUGGAAAAGGACCGAGAUAAUGAAGAACUGUAUUCUCAGUCCUAUGAUGCCGUCGGCGUCAUGUUUGCUUCCAUCCCUGGCUUUGCCGACUUCUACUCUCAGACGGAAAUGAACAACCAGGGAGUCGAGUGCCUGCGCCUGCUGAACGAAAUCAUUGCAGACUUUGAUGAGUUACUAGGUGAAGAAAGAUUCCAAGACAUUGAAAAAAUUAAAACCAUCGGCAGCACGUACAUGGCUGUAUCAGGAUUAUCUCCUGAAAAGCAGCAAUGUGAAGACAAAUGGGGCCAUUUGUGUGCAUUGGCAGAUUUCUCCAUUGCACUGAAUGAGAGCAUACAGGAGAUCAACAAGCAUUCGUUCAACAACUUUGAACUCCGCAUUGGUAUCAGCCAUGGCUCUGUUGUAGCAGGUGUUAUUGGUGCUAAGAAACCCCAGUAUGAUAUCUGGGGCAAAACUGUUAACUUAGCUAGCCGAAUGGACAGCACUGGCAUUAGUGGUAGGAUGCAAGUGCCCGAGGAUACAUAUCUCAUCCUUAAGGACAGGGGAUUCGCCUUCGACUACCGGGGAGAGAUCUAUGUCAAGGGCAUCAGUGAGCAAGAAGGAAAAAUCAAAACUUAUUUUCUUCUGGGAAGAGUACAGCCAAAUCCUUUGAUCUUGCAACCGAGAAAACUGACCGGGCAGUAUUCCUUAGCUGCCGUCGUCCUAGGGCUUGUACAGUCUCUUAACCGGCAAAAACAGAAGCAAAUCCUCAAUGAGAACAACAAUUCCGGGAUCAUUAAGGGACACUACAACCGGCGGACUUUGCUAACUUCCAGCGGACCAGAAUCAGUGGCCCAGGCAGAGGGCGCCGAUAAAAGUGAAUUGCCAUAAACCUGCAUCUCUCUUUGUGUUCUUUUCUUUUUCUUUUUUUAAUUUCUUUUAUAUAUAAAAUAAAUAUAUAAAUAAAAAUAUGGUUUAAUUUUA